UGUUUCAUCCUUUGCCCACUCAAGCUUGUCGCCGAUCGUCAACGCAUCAAAUAGGCCUGCUUUGUUGAUAUCUGAAAUCUGAUAGUUUGAAGAUUGAAGCGACUGAACGCAGCUACCACUUGUAUUAUAAUAUAGCUCAAGUCGCCGGCAAUGGAAGGCGAAACAAAUUCCCAAGAAAAAGGAAAAGGUUGUGGUUGUGGGUGCUUGAGUUCUGUUAGUACGUUUAUAACGAAUUCUUUAGAAGGCUUUUUUUACUGGCUUGGAUUUAAAGUCGGAAGACAUCCUUUAAAAACAAUUCUGAUUGUUGUAAUCAUAAGUGGUGCGUGUGCAGUUGGGAUGUUAAAGUUCAAAGAAGAAAGUGAUGGAACAAAGCUUUGGGUACCUCAAGAUUCUCUUGCAGUAGAACAUCAACAGUGGGUCGGAGAAAAAUUUCCAUCGAAAACACUUUUCACGACGAUUAUGGUUACAGCACCCAACGUGUUAACUCCAGCAGUUUUUGGACAACUUUUAGAGUUAGACCGAAAAAUAAAAGAGCUUAAGAAUGGAACAGCAAGUGAAUGGAAAAAGAUUUGCUAUAGAAUUGGGCCAGUUUGCUUCGUCUCAAAUGUUCUAGAAUUAUGGUCAUAUAAUGCAGCGGUAAUCAAAAACUUGACACAAGAACAAAUAUUGUCCAAGAUAAACCAACAAGGAUUGAGAAGUCCUAUUACAGGAAGGAAAGUCUCCAUUACUGCGAUGCUUGGUGAAUUAAAACGUUCGUCAGAUGACAAGAUCACAAGUGCUGGUGCUGUAAAAGUCACAUAUGGAAUACAAAAAGAUGAAGAGGGCGAAGUGAAAGGAGAAAACUGGGAGAAAGAAGUAUCAACAACUGUUAAAAGCUGGAAAUCAGAUGUCUUGAAGAAUGUCUAUUUGUUCAAUACUUACAGUUUUCGUGACGAUGCUGGAUCAGCCAUUUCAGGAGAUGUCACAUUCUUGUCAGCAGGCUAUAUGUUGAUCAUUGCAUAUGUUGCAUUUAUGCUUGGUAAUCUAACAAGACUCAGGCAGAAGAUUUGGUUAGCCAUCUUGGGUGUCAUUAGUGUUGGGCUUGCUAUUGGUGUUUCUUUUGGAUUGUCUAGUGCUUUUGGGGAGAUGUAUGGACCAGUACACUCAACAUUGCCAUUUUUACUUCUUGGUAUUGGUGUGGAUGACAUGUUUGUCAUUGUUCAGUCAUGGAAUAAUAUAUCCCCUCAUCGUCACAAGACUCUUUCUGUGGAAGAACGCACCGCGUUAGCUUUGAAGCAUGCGGGCUGUUCUAUAACUAUCACGUCUUUGACUGAUUUUAUGGCAUUCAUGAUUGGUGCUACGACAGUUCUUCCUGCUCUGAAGUCGUUUUGUAUCUUUGCUGGUAUAGGAAUAUUAGCAGACUUUUUUAUCCAGGCAACGUUUUUCACGGCUUGUGUUGCUCUUGAUGCCAAAAGACAAGAAAGCAAAAGAGAUGCAUGUUGCUGUUGCAUCAAGUUAUCAGACAGCUACGCUGAAUCAUUGUGUGGGGCAAGGGACAGAAUGAAGGAGUUUUUUGGUUCUGUUUACUCAAAAGUAGUACUCUCUUUGCCUGGAAAGGUAACUACUAUGGUUAUCACUGCCGUAUUACUUGGAUUCAAUCUGUAUGGGACCUUGAUGCUGCGUCAGUAUUUUGAUCAAAUUUGGUUUUUCCCUCCGGACUCCAUGUCCUACAAGUACACUUCAGCGGAUAAUAAGUAUUUUCCAGUGGACGGUGAAAGUGCAGCAAUUUAUACAGGAAAACUUGAUUAUUUCGCAAAUCAAAUCAAACUACAAAAAGUGCAUGACAUAGUAAUAAAAGAUGAGUACGUCGUGGGAACGUCCAUGGUUAGUUGGUACGAAGAAUACAGGGUGUGGGCAAAAACUAACAAGCCGUCGUCGUUUUUUGAUGAAAUAGAAUCGAGAUCGAGAAUCAAAAACGAAACUCUGUUCUACUCAUGGCUAAAUGAAUAUCUAGCCGGAGUUGGGAAGACAUUUGCUGGAGACGUGAAGCUUAAAAAUGCUAGUUCUGGGCUAACAAUAUUGGCUAGUCGAAUGAGCUUCAAACAUAAAGACAUGGAUACAACACAAACCGAAGUAAAAGCUAUGGAUCAGUUACGAAGGAAAAUUAAGGACAUCUACUCUGAUGAAAUGUCCGUCUUUAGUUAUGGCCGCCGAUACAUAAACUGGGAAACCAACAAGAUCAUUCAACAAGAACUGUAUCGGAAUGUUGCGCUUGCAAUGGCUGUUGUUUUCUUGGUUACUCUUGUCGUCAUUGCCAAUCUAUGGACAUCGUUAAUGGUUCUUACCUGCAUUGUUUUGACUUUGGUAAAUGUUGGUGGUUUGAUGCAUUUCUGGGGACUGACAAUUGACACAGUGACUACUAUUUUACUAGUGUUAGCAGUAGGGCUGGCUGUUGACUAUGCAUCGCAUAUAGCCCACUCAUUCAUGGUGACUGCAGGUACAAGACAAGAGCGCGCGCACAUCACUCUUCGUGACAUGGGUCCUGCCGUCUUCAAUGGUGGCUUUAGUACGUUUUUAGCGUUUAUUUUACUUGUUGCGUCCAACUCCUACGUUUUCAAGACAUUUUUUAAGGUGUUCUUUGCUGUGGUGCUGUUUGGAUUAUUCCAUGGUCUGUGCUAUCUCCCCGUGCUUCUCAGUGCCAUUGGACCAUCCCCUUACGAGUCUGCAAGAGAUCACAAAAGUGAAAAGCAACAUGGAUCUGGACGUUCUUCCCCAGUCCAUCCUGUAAGUGGACAAGACAAUAAGGGAUUAGAAAUCCAAGACAAAAACAUCAAAGACACUCAACCUAAUGGAUAUAAUAUUCCUACUCCGGAUUACCAUGAUGUCAACAUGGAGGAUUUUGCAAAGAAGAUCUAGCAGCACCAAUUAAUCUGAAUUACGCCAUGUUUCUAAUUCUAUUGUGUACAUAGUCCAAUAGCACAGCGGUUCAUUUUAAUGAUUAUAGUGUGGUUCAUUGUUUGGACUUUGAUAUUACUGUUAUAACUAUACUACUGGAAACAAUGAGCUCGCCAAGGGAAAAAAUGAGAUACGUCGCCUCAUUUCCUCUUGGCCCCUAAAUAAGAAAAGAUGACACUGGACUUGGUUAGAAGACUAGGUGAAGCAACCUUUAUUAUUCUUUAAGGUAGACUAAGAAUUAUUUUAUUGCGCGUCGUUAAGUGAAUUUCUACUAUGAUGUAAAAACCUUAACAUCAAGAGUUGAUGCACAACCAGCCGCGGGUCCUUUAUAUUAUUGAAUGUGCGCCAUACGCGUAAAACCUUUUAGAGAUCAAAUUGAAAAUUCAAUACCUUUUAGGCCCUGUUUACGCGGGUCAUAUGACUACCCCAUCAGUAGGAUGAGUCUACUCUAUUAUUUUUGACUAUAAUACAUUUAAAUGAUAUUUAAAUUGCUAUUCACAUGCGCAUCAAGGAGGACUGUUUUUGAACUGGUCUGGUAGGGUGACUUGGCCUCCACUUAUGUUUUUCCAUGUAAACAGGGACUGAUUGGUGUGAGUACUCUAUCUACACUUAAAAACUGGUAAAAUUGACGACAAAGUGUUUCAUAUGUAAAUAAAUGCAAUAACUUUAGCGUGUUAUUAUCUUCGUAUAUUGGUAUAGUUUAGGGUAUAGUUUAGGUAAAAUCGUGCACUAUACCACACCAAUCUCAAUACAUAAGAUUUAUUGGAAUAACACGCUAGAGAGCUGUAAAAAUAGUGGCUUAAUUCUAUUGUAUUUGUCUAUCGAGUUAUUUAUGAGUUUCACAAUAAACUAUAACAAUAACAUAUGA